AUGGCACAAGGAUAUAUUGUGUCUUUAGAUGGUGGUCAAUGUCUUGAAGAUACUGUAGAGGAGUUCUUUUUGAUCUUGUUGCGAAGAUGUUUCUUUCAGGAUGUAAAGAAGGAUCAAUGGGGUAAUAUUACGUCUGUAAAAAUGCAUGACUUGAUGCACGAUGUUGCUCAAGAUGUGCAGAGGGAUGAAUAUGGAAAAUAUUUAUCGAGUAGUACUAGAAUUCGUUCAUACUUUGCUGAUGAUUUUGUAGAUAAAGAAAUAGAAAACAUGACUGCUUUAAGAUCGUUGAUGCUGAUUUCACGUGAGUUUACUUUUCCUUCCCUAGACAAAUUGUUGCUUUUGAGAUAUAUUUUCGUGGGUUUGAAAUAUUUAGAAGCAAUCCCUAAUUCAAUUACAAGGUUAUAUAAUCUGCAAACAUUACAUUUACAUUGUUUGGAUAAAUUGACAAAUCUGAAAUUUCUAUCGUAUUUUGUGGCAGGAGAAGGAGAAGGUUAUUUGAACAAUAUGAAACAUCUAAGCAAGGUUAAAAUUGAAUUUGAAGAGAGCGUAGAAUAUAUGGAGAAAGAAUUUAGCAGCAGUGUGGAUACAAAAGCAAUAGCAGAAUUCUUUCCUUCCCUUGAAACAUUAAUAAUUAGAAAGAUGUCAGAGCUGAAAGGAUGGUGGAAGGGGAAUGUAAAGGAUAUGAGAUUGAGAUUUCCCUGUCUAUCUUUUUUAGAUAUUGAAAACUGCCCUAACUUAACAUCAAUUGCUCCCUAUUAUAGCACAAAAAAUUUGCCAGAGCACGAUCUUCCUCGUCUCUCUGAAUUGCUUAUCGAAACUUGCCCUAACUUGGCUUCAAAUCUAAUUUUCCCAAGCUUGGAAAAGUUGAAAUUGAAUAAUGUCAAUGAAGGGUUGUUAAUAACUUGUGUGUAUCCGCAAGUGAGCGUCACCAAACAAAGAGAAAUGAUUACGGAUAAUCUUAAAUCACUACGCAUAAGUUAUGUCACAGAACUCACACUACAUUAUUGUGGAGAUAUGGAGGUAGAGAGAUUUUUAGAGGCAUUAGUACAGAGUUGUGCAUCUUCCCUCUUAACCCUUGAAAUUAAUAGUUGUGCGUACCUUAAGAGACAAUCAGGGUUGGAGUAUCUCACUUCCUUGCAGGAGUUGAAAUUGAGCAACAGCGAACAAUUGUGCAUGAAUGAAGAUGACGAAGACCCAUGGAAAUCCUUUCAUUCCCUCCGUAAACUAAAUAUUUAUUCUCUCCAAAAAAUAAAAAGUUUGCCCAAGGGGAUAAAGCACUUGACCUCCCUGCAGGACCUCUCUAUUUAUUAUUGUCAUAAUUUAGAAGGUCUACCACAAUGGAUGGGUUCCUUAUCAUCUCUUCAAUCCUUGGUGAUAGAUUAUACAUCAAAUCAUUUCCCAAAGCAAUCAAGGACCUCACCUCCCUUAAAAGCCUUACAUUAA